UUAAAGGCAUGUGUAAGCAGAUAGAUCACUUCCCAGAGGAUGCUGACUAUGAGGCGGAUGCUUCAGAGUACUUCCUACGCGCUGUACGAGCCUCCAGUAUCUUCCCCAUCCUGAGUGUGAUCCUGCUCUUCAUGGGGGGGCUGUGCAUCGCCGCCAGCGAGUUCUACAAGUCACGCCACAACAUCAUCCUCAGCUCUGGCAUCCUCUUCGUCUCCGCAGGCCUGAGCAACAUCAUAGGAAUCAUUGUGUACAUAUCAGCCAACGCUGGGGACCCUUCCAAGAGUGACUCCAAGAAGAACAGCUACUCCUACGGCUGGUCCUUCUACUUUGGCGCCCUCUCCUUCAUCAUGGCCGAAAUGGUGGGCGUGCUGGCCGUGCACAUGUUCAUCGAUCGCCAUCGGGAGCUGCGCGUGGGGGCACGAGCCGCCGACUACCUCCAAGGUGCGGCCAUCACGCGCAUCCCCAGCUACCGCUACCGUUAUCGACGCCGCUCACGCUCUUCGUCCCGCUCCACGGAUCCCUCACACUCACGCGAGGCAUCACCGGUGGGCCUGAAGGCCUUCGGGGCGCUGCCCUCCACCGAGCUGUCCAUGUACACGCUGCCCAAGGGCCAAACGGGCACCCCGACAGCCACCUAUAAUUCCACGGAGAGGGACCACAACUUCCUGCAGGUCCACAACUGCAUCCAGAAGGACCUGAAAGACUCAGGCGGCCACAGCAACACCGCCAACCGACGCACCACUCCUGUAUGAAACUGAUGAGGGACCUCAGACACUAAAAAAAUCAGAGGGAAUUUGGGGGGAGGCGGCAAAAGACAGAUCAUGGUGUAAGGAGACAGAAAGAGGCUUAAAUGGAUAGAUGGAGUGAGGGGUAAGUGGCAGAAGUUCUGAGCGCUCCACAGCACCUCAGAUGAUCACUGAGUUUCUGUUUAAAAAAAAGGAAACAGAGAAAAAUGCAUAAAAAAAGAAACAUGCAUGAUUUUCCCAUCUACCAUUGUUUAACAAGUUUUGAACAUGUUUGUAA